AUGAUGGUUUUUGUCUUUAUUUAUUUAGUGGAAGGAGGAUGUGGAAUGAUCGUGCCACAGUUCACUGCUGUUGUAUCUACUGUUAGUUACAAUUCCGAAGACGCGACAGAAGGCGAGAUUUUUCGCGGUGGGAGGCGGACGCGUUCCCUUGGAGACGAUUCCUCGUCGUGCCGGAGCUCGGAAAUUGAGCAAGAGAUGCCAAAGAAGUUGGGGAAGCGCGGGUUGAACGGCGAGUGCACCAUGAAGGCUUUGGCGCCGUUCCUCAAGUUUUGGAAGAAGGACGACGUGAGCAUGACUAAAGCGGAAAGGACCAUGAAAGCCGCCAUUUUGAUCCAACAAUGGUACCGGCGGUACCUCGCUCGAAUGGAAGUUCGACGACGUUACACAUGGACAAUUUUUCAAAGCAUAGAAUACGCUGGGGAGCAAGAUCAAGUGAAAUUAUAUAACUUUUUCAACGCCCUUCUGAGCCACAUGCGUGACACGAGUGGGCGGCCAUCAUCUGAAAGAACUUCGAGAACUGCUUCUGUGUUGGAGCAAGUUUUUUCCGAAGAGUCGGACGAGGGCGGGGGUGUAGACGAAACGGCGCCGCCGAAAGCUUCAAGAGGCCCCGAGAUCGACUUUCCGCUGCAAAGGAAGGAUAUUGACCUGCUGAUUGAAGCGUUCAGGAAGAAGAAGCAUCGUUUGCAUCCGAAGCACGUAGCCCAGAUACUGAAAGAGGCGACGCAAAUGUUGAAAAGGUUACCCAACAUUAAUGUGGCGACUACAUCUAUAUCAAGUCAAAUAACAAUUUGCGGGGAUCUGCACGGAAAGCUAGAUGAUUUGUUGGUGAUAUUUCAUAAGAAUGGGCUGCCGUCGCCGGAGAAUCCAUACAUAUUUAACGGGGAUUUUGUGGAUAGAGGAAAGAAGAGUUUGGAAGUGCUUCUUCUUUUGUUGGCAUGCAUGCUGGCCUUUCCUGGGGGGGUUUAUUUAAACAGAGGCAAUCACGAAGAUCUCAUUAUGAAUUCCAGAUAUGGCUUUAUUAGAGAAGUCCACCAGAAAUAUCGACACAACGCAGAACGUCUCUUGAAAUUAAUAGAAGGCGUGUAUCGUUGGUUGCCGUUGGGUACAAUCAUUAAUAAUCGCGUGUUUGUAGUACAUGGAGGCAUUUCCGACACAACAGACCUUGAUAUGGUUCGCAGCCUUGAACGUGAUAAGUACGUAUCACUUCUUCGCCCGCCUGUCCCUGAAGGUGGAGUUCCGGGAGCUGAACAAAUCGAUAAGGUGGAAUGGAAGCAGGUUUUCGACAUUUUGUGGUCCGAUCCACAAAGUUCUGGUGGAUGUGUGGCUAAUGCACUACGGGGCGCCGGUACAUACUUCGGUCCGGAUGUAACAGUCUCCUUUUUAAGGAAGAACAAAUUGAGUUUCAUUGUAAGAAGCCAUGAAUGUAAGCCGGGUGGAUACGAGAUGCUGCACAAUGGAAACGUUAUAACAAUAUUUUCGGCGUCAAAUUACUAUGAGCUGGGGUCUAAUAAAGGCGCUUAUUUAAAACUCUGCGGCAACUCCCUCGAACGCCAAUUCGUCCAGUACACGGCCGCCGUAUCUCGCACGAGGCGCCUCACCUUCCGCCAAAGAGUCGGCCUGGUCGAAUCCUCUGCUAUGAGGGAGCUGCACAACCAAAUCGUAAUGGCACGACGCCCCUUGGAAGCGACUUUCAGGAGCAUGGAUCUCGAUCAAAGUGGUUUCAUAUCGGUGAGCGACUGGUGCUAUGCAAUGGAGGAAACUACGCAUCUGGGUCUCCCUUGGAGGAUGCUCAAGGAUAAGCUCGUGCGCACUGAUCCAGAAACAAGGCGGGUCCGAUAUAUGGACACGUUUGAAUUAAAUGCUAACAGAAUCGGUCGCAAAUCUGACACUCAGACUGUUGUAGAGACUCUAUAUAAAAAUAAAAGAAGCUUGGAGGCAAUUUUCAAAAUUCUCGACAAGGAUAAUUCAGGAUACAUAACACUGGAGGAGUUUUCGGAAGCAUGUCAAUUAUUAGGAAAAUAUAUGCCAAACCCGAUGACUCAGGAGCAGCUGGUUGAUAUUUGCCGUUUGAUGGACAUAAACAAGGAUGGCCUAGUCGACCUGAACGAGUUCCUGGAGAGUUUCAGGCUCGCGGAGAAGAGCCUCCACGAAGAGGAGAACGAGCUGGCCGAACUACAGGCCACC